UCGCCUGUCCAUCAAAGGGCCUGGCGCGCUGCUGUCUCGGUCUCGUGCGCGCGGGAGCGUGUUUGGCGCGCGCAGUGACAGCUGUCAUUGGUCGCGAGGCGGCGGAGCGGGUGCACGACAGGAGGAAAAUCAUCAGAUACACUCGUUUAAGUCGUGUGCAGUAUAAUGGCCGCUGGCUCCGGCUCCAUGAGGAUUCUCAUUAAAGGUGGGCGUGUCGUUAACGAUGACGUCACUCAGGAGGCGGACGUCUACAUCGAGAACGGGAUCAUCCAGCAGGUGGGGCGCGAGCUGAUUAUUCCCGGCGGGGCGAAGGUGAUUGACGCGUCCGGUAAGCUGGUGAUACCCGGCGGCAUCGACACCAGCGUUCACCUGCAGCAGACCUUCAUGAACGCCACAACACAGGACGACUUCUACAGCGGAACCAAGGCGGCGCUGUUGGGCGGCACGACUAUGGUGAUCGCUCACGUGCUUCCAGAGAGAGACGCGUCGCUGCUGGAGGCCUUUGAGAAGUGCCGCGCUCACGCCGAUGCCAAGACCUGCUGUGAUUACGCACUGCACGUGGGCGUCACCUGGUGGGGACCAAAGGUGCGCAGGGAGAUGGAGGUGUUGGUUUCAGAGAAAGGCGUCAACUCCUUCCAGAUGUUCAUGGCGUAUAAAGAUCUGAUGAUGCUGAAGGACUCGGAGCUCUACCAGGUGCUGCACAGCUGUAAAGAGAUCGGAGCCGUCGCCCGCGUCCACGCUGAGAACGGAGAACUGGUGCUGGAGGGGGCAAAAGAGGCUUUGGAUCUGGGCAUCAGCGGUCCUGAGGGGAUGGAGAUCAGUCGGCCGGAGGAGUUGGAGGCAGAGGCCACACACCGAGCCAUAACCAUCGGAAACAGGGCUCACUGUCCAGUGUACUUGGUGAACGUGUCCAGCAUUUCUGCAGCUGACGUCAUCGCUGCAGCCCGAAUACAAGGUAAGGUGGUUCACGCAGAGACGACCGUGGCUCACUCGGUGCUGAGCGGGAUGCAUUAUUAUCAUCAGGACUGGGCGCACGCUGCCGCUCAUGUCAUAGCUCCGCCCCUCCGGCUCGACCCCAACACCCCCGACUACCUGAUUGGCCUGCUGGGCAAUGACAUCAUAAACGUGGUGGCGUCAGAUCACCGUGCGUUCAGCACGAAGCAGAAGGCCCUGGGAAAAGAGGACUUCACCAAGAUCCCUCACGGGGCGUCCGGCGUGGAGGAUCGCAUGAGCGUCAUGUGGGAGAGAGGAGUGGUUGGCGGUAAGAUGGAUGAGAACCGCUUUGUGGCCGUGACGAGCUCAAAUGCUGCUAAAAUCUAUAAUCUCUAUCCCCGGAAGGGACGCAUUAUGCCAGGAGCCGACGCUGAUGUGGUGGUGUGGGACCCGGACGCCACCCGGACGAUCUCUGCGAGCUCUCAGGUUCAGGGUGGAGACUUUAACCUGUACGAGAACCAGCGCUGUCACGGCGUCCCUCUGGUGACCAUCAGCCGCGGGCGACUGGUGUGUGAGAACGGCGUGUUCACGGCCGCUCAGGGCUCCGGGAAGUUCUACCCUAUGCGAGCCUUCCCUGACUUCCUCUACAAGAAGAUGAUUCAGAGAGAAAAGACUCAGAGUCUGCGCAGGGUGGAUCGAGCUCCAUAUUCGGGCGAUGUUGUCACGGUAACCAACUCCAGCAGGAAGGAAUCGGCCACUCCAGAGGGUGACGUUCCCAUGCGGGCGGCCACCAGACACGCAGGCGUACGAGACCUGCACGAGUCCAGCUUCAGCCUGUCAGGUGCUCAAGUGGACGAUCACAUUCCUAAGAGAUCCUCUGCUAGAAUUCUGGCUCCGCCUGGUGGACGAUCCAGUGGCAUCUGGUAACCGCCGGACUGUGGAAAAUAAUAAAAUAAUCAGAUGUGUCCAAACUUUGAACUGGUAUUGUACAUACAGAUGUUUCUAUCAUUAUUCAGUCGCGUUCUGUCAGUUCUCCGGAUCACAUGAUGUUGCCAAAAGAGAAAUGAACACGAGGAGGAAAACUAUUAUUCAGUAUUAAAAGUGACGACAUGAUGAGUUCACAAAAUUAUAUGUAUUUUAUAGUUUGUACAUUCACAGAUUGACAGUCAAGCAAACCAAGUGUGUUUUUCCCACCAGCUUAAAAUGAGAAACUGUGAAUCAGGUCACAUGCACAUACUGAACUUAGUGUUUGUGUUUAUAGUGAUGCCCACAUAUGAUUAAAGUGUCUGUGAAAUAUCUAUAUUUUACAUAUAUAUUUAUAGUAAAUUGUUUGUUGUUAGUUAUGUUGGUCUUGAUUGUGUAAUAAUGAAAUAUCUAAAGCGUCAGUGACUGAUGUUACCCCAGUUGUUGGAAAAUGUUAAAGGGUUCACCCAAAAAUGAAAAUUCAGUCAUCAUUUACUCACCCUCAUUGAAUGAACCUCAUUGGUUCUUGCUGAAGCUCAAGAGUAUAUUCAUAUGGAUUAGUUUAACGAUCUCUUUAUGAACUUUUUGAAGCGUUACAGUGGUAGUUGUGUAGGCUGUCAGUGGAGGGACAGAAAUCUCUCAGAUUUUAUUAAAAUAUCUUCAUUUGUGUUUCGAAGAUGAAUGAACGUCUUACAGGUUUGGAACGACAUAAAUGAUGACAAUGUUUUCAUUGACAAUGUUUACAUUUUUGGGUGAACUAUCCCUUUAAAUCAGUGAUCUUCCCUGCUCGCACAUUCCACUCACAAUGAACACGGAUGUGUCACAAUCAGAUUAAUAUGCUGAUUUUGAUGAAACAGAAACUGGAUUCACCUGAUCUGUGAAAUCAUGCACCAGAGCUUUAGAGUUUGAGCUGCACACAUUCACUCCAACACAGAUUCAUAAGCCUCUUACAUGUUUGAAAAGUCUUCUGUUGUGUUGAUCAGCAGUUAUAAUGUCCGUGUUCUGUCCCGAUCCAAGCAUGAGCUAGGGCUGUUUUUAUUGGUGCUGUUUUUUAAAUGCGGGAUUUUCAUGGCGGGUCUCAGUUUAUAUGGUUUUGGUGUUUUUUAUUUUUCAGAAAAAGCACUUUGUAAUUCUGUGUUGUUUGACUUCUUCUUGACAGUGAGUCCUGAAAGUGAAAGCUUGUUUUCUUACCACAUGGAUAAGUGCAAAAAUAAACCCCAAAAAAUCCUUAUGAAA